AUGGCUUUCCUUUACAACCUCAAUUGGACCGAGGUGGAAGCUCGAGUUUCGCCUAUAGUUCUGUGCCUACUUAUUCCCUUUAUCUUUUGCUCUGUGGUUGCGGCCGCUUUGGUGUUUACUUCAUAUACCGUGGCUAACAGCCACGUUCCUUUCCCUACACGCAAAGACCAUUUCGCGAUCUUAUACCAGCAGUACAAGUUUGUCGUGGAUGGGCCGGGCAUGAUAAAGAAAGGCUAUGAACAAUUUACUAAUGGCUUAUUCGAGAUCCCACGGACAUUCCGCUUCGGUCAGGUCAUAUUAUGCCAGCCAGAGUUGAUUGAAGAACUAAGAAAUAAACGGAGUACUAUUGUCUCCCCCGAGCCAUGGAUUGAUCAGCUCCUCCAGAUCUCUCAUGUUAUGCCUGGUUAUUUCCCCAAGGGAAUGGGAUGGCCCAAGAUUGCUAAAACUACUCCUGGUCUGAUUCGCGCCACGGCUUAUAAACACCUGCAUCGGUAUAUACCCGCUAUGAAUCAGGCAAUUAUCUCGCAGCUGCAGACCCUAGCCUUCAAAGACGGGGAAUGCAACGUUGGCUGUUUUGACCUGGCAUACUCGAUCGUAGCCCGCAGUGGUAGCUUUGCUAUUGUCGGUUCGCGGCUUUCUCAGAAUGAGGAAUAUCUUAAAGCUGUCAAGGAUCACAUCCUUGGGAUGAUAGUGACCACUCGGGUACAAUUUCUUAUUCCAGAUUGUCUAAAACCCUACAUUGGUGGCCUCAUCAGUUGCCUUGCCACUCUUGGGACUAAUUGGGAUAUGCAUGCCUCGCGUAAGAUUCUGCUCAAACACUUCGAUGCACGUGCAGCAGAAUAUCACGCUGAGAUAUUCAAUGGCAACAAACCUAGUGAGACUAAUCUUAAUGAAUCGAAAAAUCCGGUCGAAAUCUUCCAAUGGCUGUAUGAGAGCAGUGUUAUUCGGGAGCGAUGGACAUAUUCAGAGGUGAUAGGCGAAAUGCUGCUUCUGCAAUUCGCCUUUAUCUACACCACGUCCUAUGGACUCUACGGUGCCCUGGUUGAGCUAUCUCGACGGCCCGAAUAUAUUGCGCCCCUGCGCGAGGAAAUUGAUCUGGUUUUCUCUGAAAUGGGACCAACCGUUUCAGCCUGUGAUGGUAUGGUUUUGAUGGAUAGCUUCUUGAAGGAGUGCCAGCGACUGCAUCCCCCUUCAGCACUCUCUGCUCAUCGAGUCUGCGUUACUGACCUCAAACUUUCUAACGGUAUCACGCUCAAGCAGGGCUCCCACGUUGCGGUCCCAAGUGGAAUCAUUCAACGAUCCAGCGAGCACUAUCCAAACCCCGACGCAUUCGACGGUUUUCGGUUCGUCAAACGUGCAGCAGCUGGAGCCAAGGACUCCCGACUGGUCGACCUGAGCCCUGACUAUCUAGUAUUUGGAAUGGGCGCACAUGCCUGCCCUGGACGAUGGAUGGCCACUGCGCUCAUGAAACUCGCAUUCGCGCAUAUCCUAAAUCAGUAUGAUAUACUACUGCCCAAUUCGGCUUCCACCCAUGUGACUGGCUCCCUUUCAUUCGAGGAGUUCUAUGUACCCAACUUCAGGCUAAAGAUUGCUCUACGGCAGCGCUAG